AUGUACAAAAGGCUCCCGGUGUUCAUCAAUUUUUUCAAAAAACAAAGGUAUUUUCUUUCGAAAAUUGUCUUUCCAUUUAUGUUUUCAAGGUCGCCGUUGGACGUCAGCCUGGCGCUCAGUGAGGAUUCUUCCAUCACCCUUACGGAGCUGACUGAUCGGUAAGACUUUUGAAUAGAAUUGAAUGAUUAUUAUGCUGUUUUCAGUGAUCAAACUCCCACUUUCAAUUCAAACUUGAAAGCCACACCGGUUCUUCGACGGAGAAGAAGCCAUAUGAACAUGCGUAGAAAUUACCGGUAAUAUUGAUUUUUUUAAAUAAAAAGCAAAAACAAAUAUUAACUAUUAAGACUAAACUUUUUCACAAACUACGAAGUUCGAACUUUUCUUAUUUUUAUUACGGUAGGCAUUGAAGCUGUGAUCCUUGCCGUGAGUGCACAAAAACUUUGAAUUUUACGACACUCAGAAAAAAAAACGCGUUCCUCAUUUGUAAUGAUCGUUUUUAUGAGUUUUUUUUUGUUAUAAAUUGCUUGAAACCUUUCAGGAUAAUUGACCCCGAUGAAUCGCGGCUCAUUUUACAACAGCAAAGCGCCGACCUCGAAGAUAAAAAGGGCAAGAUAUUGCGUCGGAAAAGCAGCCGGAAAGCCAUUGGAAGGUAGAGUUUGGUUCCAAUUCUCCACAUGUCAAGGUGAAUUACAGCCAACCGCCUUUGAUCAUUACGCCGCCGGUUCUUCUGAAUCGGACCCAAGGAUGCUCCAUUUGCUGUAAAGAACGACAGUCAGUUCAUUUGUAUUAUUAUAAUAUUUUUUUUUGUUGUUGGUAGCUUUGUUCAGAAACCUUAGCUGAGGUGUUUGUAAAAACAGAUGUCGUGCGUUAGCUGAAUUUAACUGAAAAAAGACUUCUCUACUCGAUAAUACUACGCAUUUCAUUCGCGUUCAAACACCUCAUCAAGGAUUUUUAAGCAAAAUGUUUUAAAUUGAAACUUUCAGUCGAGCAAUUGAAUCAAGGUCAUUUUUUGAGACUGAUUUACUGAAAGGGCGUAUUCAUCGCAAAUUAAACUGGGCGGGUGGUCACCAAUUCUCAUCUGUUUCUCGUCGAAACGCCGGAAUUUCAGUUUUGACUAUAGUUCUCUCACAUCUUUCUGAACUUUCGGUUUAUAAUCGAACACAGAAAACUCUGAAAAAAUUCCAUGGUUUUUCAAGGUUAUUUGACCUCAUUUAGAUUGUAUCAAGGUUUUUUUUCACGAGUCUCUCGUUCUUUGCGUUGUUUCGAACUUUUUUUAUAAUUAGAGUCUGAAAUUUCGUGCGAAUUAUCACUUAGUAAGUUUAUAUCCAUUUCGUUCCCUCAUUUUUUCCAUUUUCCAAAAACAAUAUGAUCUAAAAUUCUCCUUUUUUUUCGAAAUAAUAACCUAGAUUUCAUAAAGCCGCGGAAAGAGGAUUAAAUGUUUUCUCUUUGAAGUUUGACGGUCCUCGUAAAUAUUUAUUGGCACUGAAAAAAAAAAGUUGAAUGUGGUAUCGAAGUGGGUUCUUUUUACGCGGACCGCCGUAGUUUCCGAAUCCCCUCAAGUUCCGGCUGGGACGAAGCUGGCGCAGCUCUACAAAUAAGCUUUUUGGGAAUUCAUCUAUUUUUGUUUGAUUUGAGUCUCGACUCGUUAAUCGAAGCGGAUUAGCGACUCUAUUUUGCUGGUAUAUUUCUGAAGCAUUUUUCAUGAAUAAAAAUUUAUUUUGCCUUAGAUUAUUUGUAAUUUUGGAAAAUAUUUAAAGUAUCUUUUUAAUUCUUCUCACUUCAAGGCUUUUAGCUUCCUUAAAAAUGUUUUUUUUUUCUUCUAAACUUAGCCCACUCUUGUUUUUCUCUACAUUUCUUUGAACCUCUUUUCAUUAAAAAAAUUUUUUUUUGCUUUCUCGAACUGCUUCUCCUUAUUUUUUAGACAGGUGUGCAUAUUGAUAAAAUACGUUCAAAUCGCGGAAAUUUAGCUGGAUUUGACUUUUGUGGCGUAAAUCGACCUCUGGUCGGCCCGAGGGCCAAACCAGGGACUUGAGUGCUUCUGUUGACGUCCACUCCGUCCUGUUUGUCCCCCAAAUCCCAUCUGUUGACUACACGUGUUCCACUGAUAUCUUCUUUUUCAAGUUUUUUUUCUUAAUCAUUAAGUUAGAUUAGAUUAGUGAUAAGCCUCAAGAAAAUUUUUUAAGAAAGCUGAAAUCAAUUUUUUAAACUUACAAAUUUGGAAAAUUAGACAAUCUAGCAUCAAAUUGUCCUAGAAAAAAGACAGAUUAGUAAUAAUUCUUUUUCGGUUAUAGUAAUUUUAGAAACAUUAAAAUCCAGCAUUUAAAACAGAUGUACACAGUUUUUCGCAGAAGCUAUUACUAGUAAAAAUUUCUCAAACUUCUUUUGAUUGAUUUAUUGGAUCUUCGAAAGAUAGCUAAAAAUUGUUUGAUGUAUGUCCUGAACUUCAAAAUUUCCACGUUUUUAUAUUUAUGAGAGCGGAUGCCCGAAAGUAGGAUAUUUUUAUGACGUACAAGAAAUGCGAAAUGAGCAGUUUUUAUUUCUUGAAAGCUAGACAAAUGUGUAAGAUGAGGGUUCCAAGAUCUCGGCAAAAAAUUAGCAUUUCUGCGAGAUUUCAGAAAAAUCCGAGAUUUAGUGUAGAUCUCCCUAGUCAGUGGGUAUGAGUAUAGUUUGAAGUGUUUCGCAUCAAUGAACGUCAUGUAUUUGAGUGUGAAACGCCACCCACAAGAAAGAAAAAGCAGAAGUUUCGUUUUGACAGUUGAAAUGGGAAAUUUGACAAGUGUUUGGUCCGUUUUCCUCUUCGUUUUGACCAUCGAAAAGGCACUUGACACCCUCUGUGUAGACGUUGCUUCCUCUCCAACGCUCUCAUGUCUAUAUUUAUGUGCUCGCGGUGUUCGUUUCGGUUUCGACCAUCUUUUUCAAGUGCCUUUUCCUGCAGCCCAAAGUGUUUCCUCCAAGUGGAACUCUUUUUGGAAUCUCGCCUCCAUGUUUCCCUGCUCUUUUUUGGCCUUGACUGUGUUUUGGUCAGCUUUUGGAUAGGAAAUUCAGUUUGAGAAGUUGUUUAUCAUGUUUGAGUGUUUUUUUCGUUGUUUGAUAUAUUUGAGAAAAAGUUUGAAAUGAAGAGUAAAAAAAACUUUCUUUUGACGUUCACAUAAAUUAAGUCCAGAUAAAGGUUAUUCGCUUUGAAAUAUAAAUAAAAAGUUUCCUAUGCUUUUUUUAAUUACGCCGGCAAGUGUUUCUGAUUCAUUUUUGAGAAAAAAGAAGCUCUGUGAAAUUAAUUAGGAUAAUUUUUUUUUUUUUCUUUUUGCCUUCACGACCCACGUUUCAGUCGCUUGCCUUCUAAAAUUCUGUCAUAAAGAAAGGAGUUGGUAUUUUCCAAUGCCAGCUCUUUUCAAUUGAUCGAAAAUUCAAACUAUAGAAAUCCACCACGUUGGCCAUUGAAUGGACGCUGGGUUUGCCCUUUUUGUGAAUAGGUGUGAAAACGUUAACCUGUUUGACCAGACGCCUCAAAUUCUUACCACCUUUUCACCUACAUUCUUCUUUCCUUGUUGACUCUUGGAAUUGAACAUUUUUUACACACAAACUUACGUCUCUCGCCUUGUUACAGGGCUGAUGCUGUAAUAAAAUCGUUUUUUGUUCUUUUUCGGUUUCUGAAACGACAAUUUCGCUCCACUGAGACCGUUUACAAGCGCCAAUUAACCAAUUUGCAAUUUUUUGAGCGCUGUUUACGGAGGAGAUUAAGCUGACAAAAAACUGGUCGCAGCAGCAGAAAAAAGUGUUCCGGACAACCUGCUGACCUACAUUGCCAGCUUAAUAAUAAUCUGCACUUUUUCUGUGCCGUUCCGAUCCGAACUGUUUGUUUCUGGUGUUUGACCUUGUUCUACUGAGAAUCAAUUUGAAAAUUUGAAAGGAAAUUUUUCUCAAUUUUUUUAUUGAAUAUUUUUUUGUCAGCUAUAAAAAGUCGAGAUGUAUGAGCGCUGACUACAAAAAGUGAACUGAUGAUUCUUCGAUUAAAAAGAAAGAUCUUUCGAGUUAAAAACGAUAAAAUCCCAAAUUUAAAACAAAAAAAAUAACAAGAUAAUUUUUCACAAUUGCAAUAACCUGAGCUUUUUGCAGACGCUCAGAAGGAUCUCCGAAUUAAACAUCUUCGGUUGUUCAAUUAUUUUCCAGAAAUGAGAUCUAAGCGGAUUUUAUUCAAUAAUAUUCAUUCUCGUUGGUUUUUUCUGAAACUAAGUUGUCUCACUUUUUCAAUUAAACAGACAAGAAGUUGUUGCCGGUAUUCUAGCCGGUGUAACUUGUUGAUAUCUGUGAGAAAAAGGAAACCAAAAAGGAGAUUUUUCCGGGCUUUUUCACUUUCUGAACCGUUUCCCCGAGGCCUUUUCAUGCAAGAUUGACAUGUGCCCUCGGUGAAUUGUUCGGCUUUCAUCUCGCGCCGAAACUGUUCUUUUCGAGAACUUUUAUUAUGGCGCCAUCUCGACGGGUCGCCAGAUUUUUGUUAUUUGCCUGUACUUGUGGCUCUAAAUCUUUUGUAAUCAUCAGGUUUUUCGAAAAGAUUUUAUAGUUUCUCUAAGCAUCCAGUAGUUUUUUUUUCAAUUCUUCAUUUAAUUCUGUUUUGCAACUCUUAUUGUAUUUUGUAUCUUUUUACUUUGUUAUCUUUUCAUAUCCCCAGUUUGGUAGUUCGGCUAAAAAAAAUAAAUUUGUGCUCGUGUAGCCGACGUAUCGAAAUUGUAGUGAAUCGAAGGUUUGAAGCCAAUGAGCGGCCUUAUCUCCGCAUCCGAGACUUGCGAGUAAUUGAUGGGCAAACGCAUUCAUUUCGAUAUGGAUAUUUGCGUCAAUCUCCUGGCAUUUUACUGAAAGGAUUUCUUUUUGUUUCAUUUUUCAUGCAUUUGUUAUCAGUACAACCCCAGAUCGAUCCGUUUAUUGCUGUUUUUGGCUCACGGCGGGAGAUCCGUAAAUGUGAGUGGUGUGCCACGAUUUGCAUGCAAUGCGAUAGGUCAAGUUGUCCUUUUUCCUCCCUCAGUUGUAUAAAUGAUUAAUUUCUCCCGUUGCUAAUUUGCGGAUCGUUACCGUAGGGUUAGUCUCGACGCAAUUAACUAGGUAAAAUGCAAAAAAUGAGGAAAAAAGAAUGAAAGGAAGUUCCGCUUAUCUGAGUUUUCUUCUUAGGACAAAUUUUUCCCUUUUAGUGUCAUUUUUGGAUUUGAAAUGACAAUGUAAAAUGAAUAAACUGAUGAUGAUGAUGAUGAAAAAAAUUUAGAAAAAGCGAAGGACCAACUUUUUGGCAUAGAAAAGGAAUUUCCAUAAUUUGUAUUCUAAGCGUCCGAGGAUUUGAAUAAAUAAAGAUCUAUAAUAGAAUGAUCCUUAUUUCUAUAUUUUUGGUACAACUUUACAACUUCCUUACUGUGGUUACGAUACUAUCAUACAAACUACUGGUAAAUAAAAAGUACCACGUUAUACAAACAAGAACAACUUGAACUGUAUAGUAUGUCAUGGGAUCGCGGUCGGAUCUGUUUUGAUUGCCAGGAAAAAAAGAAGGGAAAAACCUCUGAUGCCAGCUUUACGAUGAUUUGCCUUUCUCCCUUGUUGAUUGUGGGCCAAGAAUUUACGGAGGAGACAUAUUUCCUACAUGGCCGUUCCAUUUGUCGCCGCGACGUCUUCUUCUUCGAUCCCACGGCCGUUCUCUUCUCUCCUCUUGAUUUAUUGUCCUUCGAUUUGCCGUUCGCGCCCUUUUGCCAUCCUAUUUUCAUAUCUUUCAUCGCAAAAUUCCUUUGUUGUUUGGUUUUCGUCGCGACGUGCAUCCCACUAAAAAUGCGAAGUUCUUGACAUAAUCACAUUAUAAAAAGCAAACAGACUUCUGGCGGGUGCAAGGGUAUUAGCAAAGGUGGACGGCGUGUAAUCCACAUCUUUUCUUCUUCUGACAACCAAAAUAUCAACCUCCGAAUAAUCUUUUUUGUUCAGUUUCUUUCUUUAUUUAUAUAAGUAGGAGUGAGCUGAAUCCAUAAAAAAUUGUUUUACUGCUGAUUGCUUGAGAAAUUUAAACAAGUUUUUUUUCAGAAAAAAAUAAUAAUAAAAGGGUUAUUUUUUAAUAAAAAUUCUCCCAACUUCAAAAUCCAGUAAAAUUUAAAAACUUGUUCCCAAAAAUAAAUAGCCUGUCUCAUUGGAAACUUUUUUUUUUCUUUUUUUAAAGUUGAAUGUCCCGUUAUUAUAAAAUUUGAGGUCGACUGGUAAUUACAGUGUCCCUGUGCAUGGGAAUCUCGCAUCGAAAUUCGUGUCCCGCCGUUCUGACAACAAUACGUUUUGAGUGUGGCAAAAAGUGACCCCGCGUCCGAUUGAAUGCACAUGAUUGCAUCUUUUGGCUCGAUCUCGUCCAUCUCUGGGCUGGUUUCUUCGAGAUUCUUUUGAUUCAGACCUGCCUAUCAAUUCUUGUGUACUUUCACUUUUUUCUGUCGCGAUGAUCUCAGGUCUUGAUUGCCAUGAUAGUGAGAACUGCUGUUUUUGGAAAGAUUUCGAAUUCCUUCAGUUUCAAGUUGGUAAUUUUUGAAUUUUUGAACUUUCGAAGAAUUUUCUGUGACUUCAAACACUUUCUUGAGUUAGAUAAUGAUCGCUUUGCACAACUCCAUAGUAUUAUUCAUAAGUUAAUGUUUAGAAACUUUUUAGUGAGAAUAUAGAUAACUUUCGUUUGCCGGACUUCCAAUAAUUUGAGCGUGGCACACUGUCUGUUUAUUUUGUCCUUGGAAGGGCUUCCUUUGAGACUUCGUUUUGAGAAAACUUCAAAACUUCAGCUAAGCCUCCAUGCAUCUUGUCUAAUUUCUAUUUUUUUUUUUAUCGAAGCGUUUAGAUUGAAUGUAAACGGUUUCGAGCUUUUAGAAUAGAGUUUUUUUCAAUUCCAAAAUUGAUGUGAAAAAAAGUAUUUGAGGAGGAUAAGGUUGUCUGAAACUUGUGGAUUGAAAUUCCAUACAGUAAAUGUUCUGUUUAGGAGUUUUGGAAAAUACAAAAUUAAUCUUUUGAUUUUUUUAUUUUAUGCUAACGCCACUGAUGAUUUUUUUUUGUGUUGGAAGUCUGUGCUUUUCCGUCCCUGAAGUGACAAUCCAAACCAAACACAAACAUUUGGGCUCGUGCUAGCCAUUUAGUUGCGGAUUAUGCUCUCAAGUCUUCGACUAGGUGGUUUUGGUGCGUGGAAAACUUGUCGAAUGGACGGCCACGUGUGGCGCCAAUCGGACGUAAGCCGUCGGCCAGUAGAAGGAGAGUCGACGAGCGGAUUACCGCCCUUCGUCGUGAACACCCGACGAGCUUCCGCACACUGUUUUUUGUCGCUUUUCCGUCGCUUCACGUGCUUUUUUUUUGUGUCAGUUCACGCCUUUCUCAUCAGCACGCUUAAUUGUUAUCGCUAUAUUAUAGGGCUCUCCGUUGCCACAUUAUUUUUUGAUCACUUAUACUUUUAGUGAGUAUUUUUAGGAGGUUUUGGAUUCAAUGAGUUGGCAACUUAGAAGACCAUAAAACAAGAACAAAAGAGGCUGAUUAAUUUUGGAUACUUUCAUUUUAGGCUUUACCCGUUAUUGAAAUGAAGAAAAUGCAGAAAGUUUCUCCAAAAAAUUCUUUUUUAGCAGAUUGAAUGACCAGAUUUUUUUCUAAUUCUUCUGCUUCAACUUUUCCAGCGUUUUUUCUGAGGGAUUCCUAACUUCUCAAGCACCGGAUUUGUGCAUCAAGAAACACGAAGAAAAACUCAAAAGUCUCGGAUGCCGAAAAGACUGUGAAGUGGCCAAUAGUUGUAUUUUUACCUGAGUAAACACAGCCGGUCUCUUUGAGCCCUUUGAAGUUUUAGACGAGUUGGACAGUUCUUUGAGAACAAAAUUCCGAGUUUUGAUGUUUUCUAGUUCAUUCUUUUUCGUCUUUUCAAUUUUGCCGACUUUCGCUGCCGCUUGCCAAGUCGUAAUUUGCCGGUUUCGGCAUGUCUGUUCUGUAUUGUUAAUUGCGGCCCGUUUUCUAUCUAGACCAUAAGUAUAUUUGGUUCUUUUUGGCUUCAUCUUCUGGCUUUUGUUUACCAUUUUCGAUGGCAUUUUUUGACUUUUUGGCUUCCAUUCGAAACGUUUCAACGUCGGGAAGAAUUUUCACCUUCUCAUUCAACUGGAAUUCGAUUUUCCUUUGCAAAAGUUCAAAAAACAAUAUGAUGAGUGGUUCUUUCUAUUGUGCUUCUUUGGAAAUCGAAAUGGUUUGAAGUGAUUUUUCGAGUGUUUGUUGGCAAAAAUAUCAGUUUCAAAUGUUUUUGUGCUACUGAAAGGUUUCUAGAGGCUUUCUCUCCUUUAUGGUCACUUUUCAAGUGCAGAAUGUUAUGGUUUUGCUUCUGAAGAGUGAAUAUAAGUGGUCGGGUUUGUAGAGAAUGGCGUCUUCUGAGCGGACCUCCAUCGGAUGUUCCUCGGAGGCAAACUGACUUCUUAGCUUACUGGCUAAGGCUCGUGCUUGCUGAUAUGACAUUCGAGAGUUCAAAUCCUGAGCAGCCUCAGAUUUUUUUAAAUCUUAUUUCUUGAUGUGAUUUUUUCUCUGUUCUCGUUGUACUUUUGUCAAGUUUUUCUUCAUUUUUUGAAGUUUUUGUGGAUCUCUAAUGAGCUCUCAAGCUAUAAUAUCUGAAAAAAGGCCAUUUGUAAUAAACAUUGUCUUGAAAAAAAAAUUGAAGCAACUUUCCAUAUUGUAGCUCCGCCCAGCGUCUUCGAAUCUCCCAGCUUAUAGUGUCUUGACUACAUUUUCUACAUCUUUUUCUCCAUUGAACCGAGAAGCCAUUCCAUUUCAUGUGUGGAAUUGAAUUGAAAUACUUGGAAGCAUCGCCUCAGCUUCCGCCGACAACUCUGAAUGAAGGUGGCGAUAAAAGGGUUGGCAAUUAGCCACACACGGGUCAUUGUGUUGGGUUUCCCGACCUUGCGCCGAUCCGACCGACAUCCUCAUUCCGACCGCCUCUUUUCCCGAGAGUUCCUGACUCGCAAACUCUGUUCGUCUUAUUGUGGAACUUGUUUGGACUCUUUUAUAUUUCCAUUUUUGGGGAAUUAUCUCGAAGAAGCAUUUUGUGUUGUUGCGGACUGGCCCUGAAGCCGAUUUUGAGCAAUUUCUUAAUUCUUUUUAACACAAAUAAAAACUAAUUUUUUGGAAUUUAACGAUCAAUGCUCUAUUUGCAAGUAGUGUCAUUUUCCAGUUUCAGACAGUUAAUCAAUUUCCAUUUACAUUUGUGGAUUUCCAAAAUUACUCAAUUCAUCACAGAAAGCUUUUAAUUCUCUUGCUUCACCCACUAUUUCACUAAAUUUGUCCGAUUUUUUUAAGUUCUAUUCUUUCCGAAAUUUCAACUUUAAUAUAAUCUUGUUGUUUUUCCGUAUAGUUUGAGCAACUUAAUUAGAGUUCCUGGUUUCUGAAAUCUCAGAUCGUUCUCUCAGCGCCAUCAAAGUACGCCUAAGCUUUACAGAAAAUGUAAUGCCCAAAAGUUUUAUUUCUAAUGAUUUAUCCCGUAUUUUAUUAGAACUACUGGUGUAGUUCUCACUGUUUUUUUGCUUUUCGUAAUAGUUCCCAAUAAAUGCGAGCUAAUAACUCAAGUUGCUAUUGACGACGUCGAAAUCUCGGCCCUCUCGCGAAUUUUUAUUAGUUUUUGGACUUUUUGGGGAGGAGAAAUAAGAAAAGUUAGGAAAAAUGUAUUUUACCUUAUUUUCAGUUUGAAUCAUUCAGAAUUUUUUGAUAAAAGUCUCGAGGCUUGCAGCUUUUCUUCUCAGGAGUUUCUCAUAAUAUUCAUUCGUAAUUUUUUUUCAUCAAGAAAUAGUAAUUGAUUGUUUUGGUGAUCAUUGUGAAGACAGUUGUUACGGAGAAAAAGGCUUGACAAAUCACGAAAUACAUUUUUUGCACUAUCCAAUUACACACACGCACACACGCAGGGAUUAUUUACACUAUUUCCUGCCCGUUCAUUUGUUAGCCCUGUUAGUGUAGUUUCCAUCAAAAGAAUUUACUCUUCCCAAUUUGUUAUCUUGACUCGAAAAGCAUAAGGAAAGCUGUUUUUGUUGAGUAUGGAAAUCCAACAGAUUCUUCUCUGGACAUUGGAAUGAAUGGCUUGGGCCUCACGCAAUCUUCUUAGCAUAAGUGGCGGCAAUCGCUUAAAUAGUCGUCUUUUUCGGUUACUCGAACGGUUUCUUUUCUUUUCGUACGAAUAAUGGUACCUAUAGAUCGAGUCUUUUGACAUCUUCAUCUCCUCGAGAUUUCUACAUGAUUCCCAAUUUACAGAGACCCAAUCACGCAUGAAAUGCCACCCUCCCCACUGACGCCGAUUCCGACGAGCGCCGAUCGGAUCAUCGAUGAGGUAUCCAUUACAUAUUUUCUUUGAACAAAAAACUCAGGGUUAAAUACGUUUUAACUUGGUUUUGAUGUAAAAUGCUUCGAAAAAAAUCAUUUUUUUCUCAUCUCUUCAAACUUUAAAAAGAGAAUAACUUUUUUUUAUUUCGAAAAAAAAUAGCUUCAAAAUGAAAAGAAAAAAAGUCGUUAAAAAUCAUCAACAACUGUUUUUAAUUCGAGAUUUUUUUAACCUUCAAAUAGUCAAUAAUGAUUUCCGACAGUACUCUUUUUUUCCAGAAAUAAAAAGGAAACUUAAAAGAUUUUUGAAAAAAAUAAGUGUAAAAUGAACUUUGAAAAGCAGUAAAGUGAGCAUGGGGGAUCUUUUUUUCAUUAUAGAUUCGAAAGUAGCUAUACGGAACUAUUACUUGAGCGUUAAAAACUUAGAUACUGCACGUUUUUCAUUUUUUUCAAAUAAUUUUUUCGGCAUCUUCCUCAUCUAUAUUCAGUUUAAAUGAUUUUUUGUUGAAAAGCUGAGGGACAAAUAUUUUCAACCCUAAAACGUCUCAAACUUUCUCAGGAAACUGCUCGGCUUUCCUUUGUCUCCUCUUCAACGGGCUACAGCUCGGCUCGAUCUUCUCUCCGAAGUUCCGAUGGAAACGAUGACCAUUCCGCCAACUCGCCGGCCAAUCGCGAUAGUGGAAUCAGCAGGUUGAAAUGAAUCACUUAGAUCAAUGUGUAGGAUGGGGAAUUUGCAGCCAGUGCUCCCUGUCUUCGCAGUCAACUGCGCGACGUUCGGCUCUCCUGUCCAAAGGAUCUUUGACCCAGCUUGAUCGCAUUGCAAUCGAACUUCUCGACACGGAAAGGGCCUAUGUGGAAGAUCUGAAUGCCGUAAUCAAAGUGAGGAUAUUAGGACACUUCUGUAAAAUUACCGAAAAAAAAAAAAAGGAAAUCCCUGAAGGAGAAGUUUGCUCAAACUGUCACUGAUCGCAAUUAGCUUGAAUUUUCGAGAUAUGCAUUUUUAAAUUUUGCUUCUAAAAUAAUUAGUCGGUCACAAUUAUUUCGCAAUUCCAAAAAUCACUUUCCCAUGAUCAACAGAUUGCACAAUUAGCGACUAUAUAUCUUUUCCUGGACAUUCAGAUCGUUUUUGGCCCAAUCUGGAGAAAAUUACAAAUCCUACAUUAAAAUCACUAUACCACCUUCUCAAAAUGGAACUGUUGAAAAAAUCUGGACUGAUAGAACCUUCCAACUCUGAACCUCAAAAAACUGGAACUCAUAAUUUUUCAGGGCUACAUGGACUUUCUGGUGGAGAACCGGGAAAGGCUUCACGUCACUUUAGACGCGAUUUCCUCGCUCUUCGGCUGCAUCGAACGCAUUUUCGCGUUCAACAAACGGCUUUUCCAGGAACUUGACGUCGCCGACUUGGAUUGCGUCAAGGUGGUUACUCUGCGGAGACGUCAGAGGGGAUGGUUUCUUUUUGCAGAUGAGUAAAUGCUUUGUCGACAACAGCGGACGGUUCGAAGACUACAUCUCCUACUGUACCAACUACCAUAGGUAUAAUAUUUCUGACAUUUUCCAAAAUGUGAUUUUUUUCACUCGGAUGAGGAUUAAGCGGAAGAGGAAAACAGGUCUUAAACUUGUAAGCAGAAGGAUUUUUAUCAGUCCUUGAAUUUUUUUGGUGUGCUACAAUGAUAGGAAAUUUUUAAAAAAAAUUUAGAUUAUAUUAAAUUUUUAGAUUAAAUUUAGAUAAAGUUAAUUGUAUUUUUUUGAAUUUAGGUCAGUUUCCGUAUUCAAAACAUUUUUUAGCAAAAAUCAAAAACUGAAAAAAGAAAGUUAUGCAUCUUUUUGAGUACUCUUCCAGAUCAUCAUAUGAUUCAUUCCGAGUUCAAAGGUUUUUAUUAUUUUCUUUCCUGGUGUCAAAUCAUUUUUUCUUGUUUUUGCUUGGAAAAGUAGUCAUCCUUCUUGCAGAAUGAUGUCGACACUGUACGGGAUGCAGCAGCAGCCAGCCGUGGCCCGGGCUCUUUCUGAACGACAGUCGGCCCUCGGACAUUCUUUGCCCCUUUCCGCCUUCCUUCUCAAACCCGUCCAGCGAAUCCUCAAGUAUCAUCUGUUCUUGGAGGUUCCUCUCGACCUCACUGACGUCAUAAUCUUAUUCACUCAGAACAUCCUGAAGAACCUGCCACCUUCAACGAGUCCAGAAGAAAUGGUCGUUGUGAAGAAGGCAAUCCAAGUUUCGACGCUUCAGUUGAAUUGAUUGGUUCAGGCUCACGAAACGAUGACGACUCAGGCGUCGAGAAUCAACGAAGAAAAGAAAAAAGCGGAACAUACGGAGCGCGUCACGCAACUUCAGACUGCCUUGCAGAAAUGGCGCGUCGAUGAGGUAUACAGCUGUAGACUUUAUUCAUUUUUCUAGUCCGAAUCCAAAAAGUCUAAAUUCUUUGGAAACCUAAAAAAAAAAAAUGAAGGAUUAAGCACAAAAUCCAAAAUUUAACAGUAGGAUUUGUAAAAAAGGAACUUUUUUUCUGAGAAACUACUCGGAACUCCGAAAAAUUCAGGGAUCGGAAGGCGCUAACAUGUAAAGUAAUGAAUAAAAGUAGAGGUAAAUAAUAUUUUGAAAAUAACUUACGAAACAGUUCGGUUACUUUAAAAACUUUGCUGGUCCGUUCGAAAUCGCUUUGUUUAGAUUUCACAUCUCCGAAAAGUCUAUGGAUCAACUAUAUCAAUGAACUCACUAAAUCUGUUUUAUUUCAGCAGAUACAAACGAGCAACCUUUCGGCCUACGGCGACCUUCUCCUGGAAGCUUCGUUCCGCCAAGCCGGAUCGAAAACUUCUCGUCUUCUGUUUCUCUUCGAGGAAAUGCUUCUCAUCGUCAAGCAACGCGGCAGCAGCUACGUCUGCAAAGAUUAUAUCAUGGUUUUCCGAACAAAACGAAAUUCAAUCGGUUCGAAUCCGCAUUUUGAGUGCUCCAACUUGAUGCUCAACGAGUGGAUCUGCCCUGAAGAGCCGCUUUCCUUCCAAGUUCUCUCGUUUGACAAUCCACGAGCUCAAUACGUCUUUCUUGUGAGUUUCAACAACUUUUUCCCUCAAUUUAGGAUAUAUUCCAGGCGUCUUCGAUGGAUCAGAAGCGUGUGUGGAUGACCGAGUUGAAGCGGAUGAUGUUGGAUCAUUAUUCGAUUGAAAUUCCGGAGAAGACCAAAAAGCUCAUGUUGAGUAUGGAUCACACCAAAAUGAUUCCCUUCGGACGGCCGGAGUUCGCGGAAGGUCUGUCGAGAAAUAGCUUUGAGAGGAGAAAAUGAUGCUCCAGUGUCGAUGAAGAACCACAAGAAGGUGCCGAAGUACCUAGAGAAACGGCGGAAAAGCGUCGACCAGAACGCGGAGAACACCCGGAGACGCAGCUUGUCGGCGUCGCGGCUCCUCGGCGGCAGCAAGACGUCGCUGAGUUCUGAGGCGACGCGCGAGCCGACGGUCGCCGAGCCGCCAAGAUGCACUUGUCACAUGGCUGGCGGCAUCUACAACGGCGUCGCUCCCAGUACCAGCACUGCGCCGCCGACUGGAACCGUUCGUUUCAGUUCUACAUCAGUUUAUUAUUAGAUAACUAUGAGAAAUUCUCAAAUUUCGAGUUUGAAAAGGUAUCAAUUGCUUUUGGACUUUCUAGGUCUUUCUAAGAAUCGGGGAAAAAAAAACUUCAAAUCAUAUCUGAAAUCACCUUUUUCGUAUUAAAAAAGUUGUUUUUUAGAGCCUGAAAGGCAUUUUUGUGAUGAUAACCACUUGCAGAUCUAAGUUUUUAAAUUCUUAACGUACACAGAAUACUUUGACUACUCUUUUCCUUAACACUUUAGCCCCUAUUUUGAAAAAUUCUCUUUGAAAUUUUUAUUUGAAAGUCUAUUCAGGCUUGAAUUUUUUUUCGUUCAUUGAAAAGAAUCUUUUGUGGCUGCUGAUUUAACAAGGCUUUAUAGCUAUAGAAAAGGUCCUGAUCUUUUGUUCUCAAGAAAAAAAAAAUUAGAGACAAGUAAACAAAAUUCACUCCUUAACUUGACGAUUAUGAGCUGGAAUAGUUACUCACCUUUUGAUAUAUUUCAGUAGCUUUUAACGCGGUUACGCUUACCAAAAAACUUAAAGAAGCACUCUUAACGGCCUGGCACGUCGACGACGCUUUCAGAUCCGUCCAUCACUAACACUGACGUCACAGACGCCCGCGGAAAUGCUCUACUACCGGACGCCAGUGUCUCGGACGCUUUCUGCCGCCGCGAUUGACCUGGACCAGGUUUCGUGCUUCGAUUUAGAUGUGCACCCCUCUGAAUAACAGAUCAUGUUCUCUUAGAAACUAAUAAAAACCAAGUAACCCGCAAUUCUGUGAGUCACAGAUUUCCGAUAGAAAAGUUUGUUAGGGGAACCUAGAAAUGAUUGGACAAGGUAAAAAGAUUUGGAACUUUGGUUUGAGUUCAUUCAAAUUUUUUCACGCUUCAAUCACUGGCUUUUCGCGUGCUCUUCCAAUUAAUAUUUUUCAUUCACCAGUUCAUAAAAACUGAAAGUUAAUAUACUGUAAUGAAAAAUCUGUCGGUUUCUUCUGUCUGUAACUUCUUUAUUUUGGCAAAAGACCAGUUUCCGGCUUCAGGUCAGCCUCAGCCUCGGCGAAGUUCCUGCAGGAGGCCCAACUGCUCCGAACAACAACGUGCUGACAUCCCGCAGCCGAUAUCAGCAGGCCAGGAAUCGAAGACUCCCGCCGAGACAUGGCCAAGAGACCCAACAGCGGUCCGUCUCGGGACAGCGUCUGGCCGAGGACGAAAUCGACAAGACUUUCGACCAACUUUAUGCCGAAUUGGUCUCCUACGGCGAGGGAAAGGUCCAUUUCUUCGAUCGGCUUCUUAUUUGUAAACUUGGUCCCGACUUAGAAUAGAAACUGAACAACAGAAGUUUUAAAAAUAAAUGAGAAAUUGACAAAAACUUUUGCGGUUUUUGAAGUAUUUAUUUCAUCAUUUUUAUUUUUCAGUUGGUUCUAACUGGUGAAGGUUCUUUAGGCUUCAAAAACUAUCCAACUAAUUGUGAGAAUAUUUCUUAUCAAAGUGAUACUCCAGAUUUCUCCUGUCUUGCAUAAUGGAAAUGGAGCCGGCAACCUGGAGAAAUCUCAUCCGACCUGCAAUAAUAACGUCUCGAUGGCCAGUUUGGUGGUUCCUGAGUGUGCUGUGGUAACAUUUCUCGUAGAGUUGAUGAAUUGCGAUGUUUUACCUUUGAAGAAUCGGCUGCGGUCGAAGUCUCUGACGCGGCUUGACGAGUACGAAGUCGAACCGGUGUGCCUAAGACCGUUAGUUUCUUUUUUUUUAACUGAUUGUUUUUUUAUUGUUUCAGGAACAUCGAGCGUCGAUUUUCAAAGAUUGAUCAGGUGAAACGGAAGUCGCGAAAGUACCACGUCAACCAGGAGCCUGAGGUUUCUGAACUAUCUUUUCAUUUUCGAGAAAACUUCCAAAGUUUAGUAGGAAAAGUCAGUAAACCAAAAGCCGUGUUUGUUCUUAGAAUUACUCCGAAGCCGACUAUGAAACGACUUGCGCGAGACAACUUGAAAAGAUCAUGAAACCUUCUUCAUAAAUGCAAGAUUUUAGUUUUUGGACUAUCUUUGCGAAGCAUUGUCAGAAUUCGAGCCAUUCUGAGUUAAGAACUUUUUUCGAUCACUCAUUCUGCGUUUGGACAUCAAGCGGAGAUUUUUCUCAUAGGUCAAAAAAAUUCAACAACAAAAACAACAUCUGACAUGAUCACGCACAUUAUCACAACCAAAGCGCUUUCAGUUCAAAAGGAGUUUUGAAAAAACCUUUUAAAAAAUUGACAGUCUUAGACGAAUUCCCAUGCAUUCUGCCAUCUCACGAACAGUUCCAAAAAGUGAAAAGGAAUGAAUUUAGGCUGCGGACGUUCUUCGCUCGACGGGCGGACGUCUUUCCCUGACCGACCACGAAAUCGUCAUCCAUGGAGAUGCGGUCAGUUGAUCUCUCUUUCUUUCUUCUUUUGCAUGUCUUGUCAACUUUUAGUCCCACCGCACAUUCCUUUGUUUAAAUUUUAUGUUUUUUUUAAUUUCAUCAUUUUUAAUUUUGGCACUCAUUUUUCGACAGGUUGUCCGCCGAAGUUGCUCCGAUGCUCAGAAUAAAUUCGAUCGGCCGAAAUCUUCGACGGCUAACCGAUUUCUGGAAACUUCAAUAUAACUACUUUUUCAAAAGUAUUUUGUUUUUUUUUGGUGAUUUAAACAAUUUUUGGUUAAUCUCUUAUUUUAGUUUUCCUUUAGUCGUGUGUGUGUGUUUUUCAGAAUGGCUCUACUUGGUUGCAUGCUUUUUUUAAAGUUUUUUUUUCAUGUGAAAAAUUAAUCAGUUUGAACAUUUUGGUUCAAGAAACAGGAGUUGAUCCUUCGAAUUCCGAUUAUUGGAAGGCACCGUUUUUUAUGUGUUGAAAAAAAAAAAACUAGUAACCCCGAAAAGUUUUUGGAAAAGUCUAAUAAUGAUUUAUUCAUCCACAAGGUGAAAAGAAUAAAUAAAUUAGAACCGGUUUAAGGUCACCCUCACGAGUGACUUCACCGGAUGUCUAAUCAUUUUUUCAAUUCAAAUAGUUUUAUUUUGAAAUAGCUUUUGAAGAUAUUGCAUGUAUUCUUACAACACGCACUUUUUGGCCAGUUAUAAGUAUUUGAAGUGGAUCCUAAGGUGUUACAAAGGCUUUUUCGGUCGAAUUUUAUCAAUUUUUCAAGUUCAAUGAAGUUUCUAUUCGCAAAUAAAAAAACGCUUAAGGGACUACUUCAGCUCAAUUAAAGGCUUUUAUUCUUCAACUCGAACCUGAACCUUUCAGGACGGCCUUCCGCCACGACCCAACACCGUGACUGCGCGCCAACGCACUCCAUUGACUCUCCAACAGGCGGCCCAACUAGACGAACUGCUGCCGAACAACAUGUCCAACGCGUGCGGCCUCGCUUCCGCCUCGGUCCUCUCCAUCAUCCGUCAUUAUGAGAACGCCUAG